AUGCUCGAGCGAACAGCUGCGAAUUUGGAGUCGCGCAGUCUCCAGCGCAUAUUUCACAAGACCUCGAUUCGAUCUCGACGAUUACAUACAGGCUUUUGGCAACAUGGAGCCGCUGCUAUCGACCUUUCUAGUUUCUUGCCAGGCUCUAUAGGAUCUGCUCAAGCUGCCGCCCCCGGACCGGAGACAAAGCAAUUACAGUCAAAUCUACUUGCUUCCGUCUUAGUCCUCGACUUCCUCUACCCAAAAUCGACUCUUCCUCUCUUACGCAAUCUCUACCCUGAACUACCCAACUCUCAGUGUGCGCAAAGAACAGCAAUCGUUCCAACAAGACGAGCAUACUCAUCGAUAAUACCUCCGAAUACGACCGAUACGAAUCAAGCAGAUGAAAAGAACGAAAACCCCGAAACGACGGCUCCUAAUCAGCCUGAGCGAUCGCACGAGACGGCACAACGCUACGAGAUAGCCGACAUAGCUGAGGACCCAACUCUGUUUCCUGGUGGAAAGCCAACAGUGAGCUCCAAAGCUGAGCCAGAGCUGCAGCAAGUACGGAAACUCCAACAGCUGUUGGAUAGAAAGGGUGGCCAUUUCCAAGAUGUUUGGGACCAGUACUCGGUGCUAGACAAUGACCAAAGAGGUUUCCUACGUGGCCAGGUAGUACAGUAUCUGUCCCGCUCUCACAGCAUCGUUGAGACAGGAAGAGCCCUCUCAAUAUUCCGCCAAAUCCCGCCAAACUCAUGGGAUAACGACACCUUGACUGCAGGAAUUAUCUUGCUUCUACGGUCCGGGGAUCUUCCUUCGGCUGUGGAGUGCUUCAAAACGGGAUUGGAAACGAGAGGGUUGAACCGCGGACUUGAAUACUUAAUGGCGGAUGCGAUCAACUCGAAAAAAUGGGCGGCAGCUUUGGAAGUAUGGGUUUCAUUCUACAAGAGCCGCAUCAAAAGAAGACCCGAUGCUUUAGCCCCGGAACUAGAACGACUUCAACAGCUUGCGUCUCUUCCUGCACAAGGAUCUCAUUACUUCUCCUUUCGAGCCUAUCUGGUUGGCGAAGGCGCAGAGCAGCAUAGGAAGAUCAGGAAAGACCCUGUUGCCUCGCUAGCCUUGUCCUCCUUCCGGAAGUUCUUUGCCAACAUGGCAUUACGAGAACCGUGCCGCCCCAGGCAUGCGACAGUUAUUCUUGAGACUCUGAAGGAUCGAGAUGCAUACAACAUGUACCUGAACAUCAUGAUCGAUCGCUGGAUGGUAAAAGAGGAGAGUCGGGCUACCAUGGAACGUCUUGUUCCUAUCUACCAGAAGUUCAGAGAACUGCCAGACGCACAGCCUCUGAUGACUGUCUUACGUGGCAUGUUCAAGAUUUGCUUUCCAAAGAGGACUGCCAGACUUGAAGAAAUUAAAGACGACUGGAUUCGUUACAAAGGCGGGCUCAAUCAAUGGGGGUAUGAAAAAUUUCUGAAGUAUUACGCUGAGAGGGGUGAUGUGCGAGCCGUCAAAGAGUUAUGGCCCAAGUACAUCGAAGGUUUUCCUGAAGUGGUACAGUCCCCCCGUGGAUUCCGAAGCACAAUAAACGUAUAUGCCCAGCUUGGAGACGUUGAGAAUGCAAAGAAAGAGAUGGACAAAAUGACCAAUGAAUACGGUGUUGAGCCGGACCUCGACAGUUGGAACACAUAUCUCAAGGCUUACAUGAGGACCAACGACUAUGAUGCUGUCAUGAAACUGUUUGAGGAUAUCGCAGAAAAGCACGAGCCGGAUGCAUACACCUAUGCACACACCAUGGCCAUGACUGCUAAAAGGGGUGAUUUGGAGACUACCCUAGAAGUAUUCAACAAGUCACAGGAAGCUGAGGUACCUAUCUCCAUACAAAUGGGUCUGGCUCUGGUGGUGGCAUACUGCCAGAAUGGUCUUCUUUUUGAGGCCGAGAGCCUUUGCAUUGAGCUAACCCAUCGUAAGCUCAUAUCGGAAGCUAUUUGGAACCAGCUUAUCAACUUCAACGGCGUCGAGGGGAACAUCAGUAAGGUUUAUGAACUACUCAAGCGCAUGAGAGAAUUUGGCGUGGAAUGGGAUGAUGAGACAUACACCUUUCUUCUCCAGGCGCUUAUCCGAGUCAACCAAAUCCAUUCCGCCUAUAAUUUACUCAAGCGUGGUGUUGAGGAGAGUUUAUUCCUUGUCACCCCUGCGCAUUUUGCUACCGUUAUGGCUGGAGCUGCUCGUAAUGGACAGCACGAGCUUGUUGAAAGUCUUUUCUGUCGACUGCAACAGUCAGAUUUACCUAUUACCUUCAGUGCUUGGGUUGCUCUCGUCGGCGCUGCCGUUAAGAGGAAACCCGGUGUUGAGCGAACCCAGAAUUUGGCUAAGGAAUUUGUCGCGUACUUCGAAAAGGCUGCUGCGACAGCAAAAACGACAGGGGAGUCGAUGCCGGACGAGGAGGUUGAAGCGACCGACUCCAGCAAUCUCGCAAGACUUAAAGCCGAAACCAAGUUCCUUGGUCGAGCGAUCAAUCUACUUACCGAGCUUCGAGACUUUGGCUCCAUUGAAGAAUUGCUGAGUCUAUUCGUUGAAAUCUUCCCCGAGUUCAGGAGCGAGCAGUUUCCUCCUGAUGUCAUGGCCGCUUUGAUACACUCGCUUAACGCCGAUCAGAGAUACCGUGAGGCCAUUUCGCUGUGGGACAAGACAUGGGAAAGUGCCCUUGCAUCCAGCCAGAAACGCUCAGGUGAUGGCAUUAUGCUUGGUGCCGAAUACUCUCUGUCUCGUGCUGUGGACGAAGUGGCAACAACAUUCAAGAAGAUAAACGAACCAGAGCUUCUCAGCAAGACCGUCGACAAGGUUACCGAGGCUGGGUUCAAGCUGACUCGGCAGAACUGGGUACGCAUUAUCCGUGAUCUUUCUGACAUGGGCAGAUUUGAGCGUGCCGCGUACUGGUGCGAGAAGAUGCUCAUGCCAGGGUGGCAAGGCUGGGCACCCCCUCGGCGCAACGCGCUUUUGAUGCGAAAUACCCGUACCCUGAAACCACCCAACAAUCUCCUCUACCGUCUGCAGCACAAGUGGAUAGAGAUGCGUAAGAUGGCAGCCUGGUCUGCGGACGUUUCUCGCGUGCUAUCAACUCUUGAGGAGAAGUGCCCACGUCUGCACCAUGCUUUUGUCACAUCAGAGAUCAAGUCGAUGCCUACGGCAUACGUCGUAAACGGUAAAGAUGUUUCGCCUGGUGAACUCGACAAAGUACUUCAAAGUCUGUCUUACCAUUCUCUACUGAAGGUCAAGGAGGCUUUGCUCCGAGAUUUGCAGAAGGAGACGAAGCGCGAGAAGAACCUUGGAGUGGCAUCUGAGCCCCUGAGGGUCAUUGACAACAAGACAUGGAGGGAAAUGCUGCACAACAGAGUUCGACGGUAUGCCACUUUAUGGCAUUCUCGACGCAACGCGCACUUUGAGCUGAACCAAGCACUCAAUGUUCCCAAUGCAUCAGACGACGUCAGAAUCGAAGCAAAGGCAAUGGGGUCCGAACAACCAGACGAUCAGGUCACCCGCCAACGCUUCAGCUACUGGAACGCGUUCUGGGAUCGUUACGAUCAGAAGAUUCACGGCGAGGAGCCGAGACCGAAGAUAUCAUACUCGCAUGUUAAUCAUCAUGGGAGCAAAACCUGGGCACACACAGCAGAAAGACGCCAGAGAAUGGCUAAGAAGCGGGCAGAGAGGUUGAGGAGGCAGAUGUUUGAUGAUGACUGA